AUGGACUACAUAGACGAGGUUCAUGAGGUACUUCAAAUUGGCGUCAUCGUUGCCUUUCAUCUUCUCCAAACUGGGCGCGUUCUCGCAGCCGUCGAUUUACUCAAGGAAUGUUUGCUUCUUCUCAAAACCAAGGCACUUGAAAUUGAAAAGAAACCGCUUGCAUUAAUUCGCGAUUGUAUAUAUCUUUAUUUAACAAUUGGGUAUAUUCGUGUAAAGGACCACACAAAUGCGAUGGAAUCUGGCAGAGAAUUCCUCGUUUUAGCUAGAAGAACUGGCAGAAGAGACUUGGAACUGAAGGUGACUUAUAAACUGGCCGAAUUGCAUAUGCUUUGUGGUAAGUAUCAAGAAGCAAAAAAACUUUUUUUGAAAGCACUCGGCGUCUUCAAAGAAACGGGAGAACGACAGGGUUUGAUAACCUGCUACGGAAACCUAGGAAGCGUACUUUGUUACCUUGGCGAAAGUGCGGAGGCAAAAGAUUGUCACGAAAAAGCACUUGCUAUUGCAAAGGAACUUGGAGACAGAUUUAAAGAGGCCACUUGUUACGGAAACUUGGGGAAUGUGUAUCGCUAUCUAGGUGAACAUGGCAGAGCUAAAGCUUAUUACGAAAGAGCUCUUUCGUUGACCAGUAGAUAUGGCGAUAUGGAGGAAGAAGCCUCUGUAUUUUACUCGGGCCUGGGAAAUGUGGUUCAGUCUCUUGGUGAUAAUGCCAAGGCUUAUGAAAACCUAGAAAAAGCACUGAAGAUAGCGAAGGAUAUUGGCGACAGGAUGAAAGAAGCUUUCUGUUGUGGAAACCUGGGAAGGGUGUUUCAUUCUCUUGGUAAGCAUGGCAAGGCUGUAGAGUAUAUCGAGAAAGCAGUUGCGAUUACCAAAGAAAUUGGUGACAAGAAUGGAGAAGCAUUUGCCUACAUAAGUCUGGGAAAUGUGUUGAGGUCUACGGGAGAAUAUUUCAAAGCAGAAGAAUAUCUCCAAAAAGCGCUUGUGGUCAUAAAAGAGAUGAACUAUGGAAAGAAACAAGCCACAGUGGUGUGUUACCAUAAUCUGGGAACCGUGUGUCAUUCUCUCGGAAAAUAUGCCAAGGCUAAGGAAUAUUUCGAAAACGGUCUUCAGGUCGCUGAGGAAAUAGAACACAGAAAAAUGAAGUCCUCAUGCUGUGGAAGCUUAGGAGGUGUGCUUCAUUCUCUUGGUGAAUACGCCAAGUCACAAGAAUACGCCGAAAAGGCACUUGCUAUAUCAAGUGAGCUUGGGGACAAAGAAAGAGAAGCACAAGAUUGUGGAAUCCUGGUGGCUGUGCUUCAUUCCCUCGGUGAAUGUGGCAAGGCUAAAGAAUACCUCGAGAGGGCAUUAAAGAUUCAAAAAGAAAUUGGUGACAGGGCAGGUGUGGUAACAAGCUACAUAAACUUCGGAGAACUGUAUCGGGCUACUGGUGAAUAUGCUACGGCGAAGGAUCACUUGGAAAAAGCACUCGUAAUAACAAACGAAUUUGGUGGCUACGAAAAGGAAAAAAAGGCCUUUUGUCACGGAAAUCUCGGAAAGGUGUUUAUGUGUCUCGGUGAACCUACCAGAGCGAAAGAACAUCAUGAAAAGGCACUGGAAAUCAGAAAAGAAAUUGGUCUCAAACAGGGAGAAGCAUCAGACUACGUGGGCCUUGGGGCGGUGUUUCAGAUUCAGGGUAGAUAUGCCAAGGCUAAAGAAUAUCUCGAAACGGCACUUGAGAUCCAAAAGGAAACUGGCCAAAGAGAAGGAGAGGCGCAAGGUUACAUAGAACUUGGAGAUGUCUUCAUUUCUCUUGGCGAAUAUGACCAGGCUAAAGAAUGUCAAGCGAAAGCGCUCGCAAUUGCAGAGGAAAUUCGCCAUAGCGUAUUAGAAGCAAAAAGUUACGUACUAUGUGGAAGUGUAUCUGUGCUUCGCGGCGAUUAUGCUCAGGGAAAAAAAUGGCUCGGACAGGCACUUGGGAUCGCAAAAGAAACUGGCGACAAAGGAAUGGAAGUAUCGUGCUACUUACAAUUAGGUAAACUGUUUCAGUUUCUUCAUGAAUAUUCCAAGGCUCAAGAAAACUUCGAAAAGGCACUAACGAUGUCAAAACAAAUGGGGAAACGAAUAGCAGAAGCAUCAAGUUACGGAAAUCUUGGAAAUGUGUUUCUAUCUAUCGGCGAAAAUGCCAAGGCUAAACAAUAUUACGAGAAAGCACUUUCCAUGAGCAAAGAAACGGAAUGCAUCGAAAAUGAGAUGAGGGCGCUUGGAAGCCUUGCCAUGAUAAUGCUAUUGGAAGGCAACAUAGAUGAAGCUAAAUCGUCUAUCCUGGUCAGCAUUCACAAGUUUGAAAAAAUACUAGGUUUAAUGACAGAUACGGCUGACCAUCUAAAGAUAUCAUUAUUUGAUGAGCACUUUAGUUUCUACCAGUUUCUGAGUUUACUGUUCUGCCGCACUCAAAAUCCUGACCAAGCACUUUACGCUGCAGAGCUUGGACGAGCAAGAGCCCUGGCAGAUUUAAUGUCGGUUCAGUACUCCGUGCCGAAACAAAUAUCACACAAUCCACAGACGUGGACGGGCAUUGAAACCGUUAUGAAGAAUGAACGCAAGUGUACCUGUCUUUACAUUUCCUAUGCAUUUCACUUCAUUCUUUUGUGGGUUAUUAAAGCAGACGAAUCCAUACGUUUGCGAAUAAUAGAUGUCAAUACCUGUUUCGUUGACAAAGUCUCUCUAGGAUCUGUGGAUGAAAUGUUUGGCAUCGAAAUCGUGAGGCAAUUCCAUACCUUAUCUCAAGAGAAGUGUGAGGAUCGGUCCUGGUUUUCUUCCGUUGCCAAGAAAGACAGCCUUGCUGCCAACCGCCUUGUAGGAGAGGAUGAAGACGAAAAUCAGCAACCCAUUCCUACUCUUUCUGAGUGUUACAAUAUGAUCAUCGCCCCUGUGGCCGAAUUCCUUGAAGAGGCCGAAAUUGUUAUUGUUCCUGAUCGCUGCUUUUUCAAUGUUCCGUUUGCGGCGUUACAAGAUAAAAAUGGAAAGUAUUUAUCAGAAUCUUUCAGGAUCCGCAUCGUUCCCUCGUUGACAACUCUCAAGCUCAUUCAUGACAUUCCAGCAGACUAUCACAGCCAGACUGGUGUACUGAUAGUGGGUGAUCCUGAUGUUGGUGAGGUGCUGUACAGAGGAGCUGUUUAUAAACCGCCAAGAUUGCCUUUUGCAGAAAUGGAAGCUGAAAUGAUUGCACAACUGUUGGGAGCGAAACCUUUAGUAGGAAAGAAAGCAACCAAACGGGCUGUUCUUCGAAGCAUCGAUUCCGCUAGUCUUAUACAUUUUGCUGCCCAUGGUAAUGCCGAAAGAGGAGAAAUUGCUCUUGCUCCUCCACCACUCGUUGAAAGGAAACCUCAAUAUCCCAGUGGACAAGGGGAAAAGAGACCUCCAAAUGAAGAAGACUAUUUAUUGACAAUGGCAGACAUCUCACAAGUUCGACUUCGAGCCAAACUGGUAGUUCUUAGCUGUUGCCACAGUGCGCGUGGACAAAUCAAAGCCGAGGGAGAGGUAGGGAUCGCUCGAGCGUUUUUAGGAUCCGGGGCACGCUCAGUGUUGGUGGCACUGUGGGCCAUAGAAGACAAAGCAACAAAGCAGCUCAUGAGUCGUUUUUACGAGCACCUUGUUCAUGGGAAAAGUGCCAGUGAAUCUCUUCAUCAGGCCAUGAAGUGGAUGAGAGAAAACGGCUUCUCUGACGUUGGACAAUGGGCUCCUUUCAUGCUGAUUGGAGAUGACGUGUCUUUUGAUUUUCAGAAUUAA